AUGCCAUACAUCGAUCAAGAUCUGCAAAACCGCUGGUUCGACUUUGGUGGCGAUACCAUCAUCAACACAAACAGGCAUAUUCGUCUGACUCAGGAUAAACCCUCGCAAAGCGGUUGGCUCUGGAGCCGUCUUCCAAUGUCAGCACCGUAUUUUCAAAUCGAGUUCGACUUCAAAGUUGAAGGCAAGGGCGAUGGCCUCGUUGGCGACGGCUUUGCUGUCUGGCUGACCAAGGAACGCGCUGAGCCAGGCCCUGUCUUUGGAAAUCGUGAUCGGUUUGAAGGCGUAGGCAUCUUUUUUGACACCUAUGCUAAUUCUCGGCAAUCGCACUCGUUCCCGUAUGUGAUGGCUAUGGUGGGCGAUGGAAGAACAAGUUAUGAUAACGACCACGAUGGUCUUUCCAAUAGGGCCGGAGGCUGCGAGUCUGAUUUCAGAGGCAAGGACGUUCCUACCAAGGGUCAUAUCACCUACAGCGCGGAUGCCAAAGUGCUCAAGCUCAAGCUCCAGACCAAGGAGUGGGAUCAAUGGGAAGAGUGCUUUACACUGACAGAUGUCACGCUGCCCUCUAACUUCUACCUUGGAUUCAGUGCCAUCACAGGCGAAGUUCACGACAAUCAUGACAUUAUCAGCGUCUCUACAUGGUUAUUGUCCAAGAGCGACAUCCAGGUUGGCCAGCGCCGUAACAAUACUCCUCCUCCUUCAAGCAAGUCUGGGCUCGGAUGGAUCUUCAAAUUCAUUGUUGCGGGCGGAGUGUUUGCUGCAGUGGUUACCGUCGCCUACAAGAUGUCCCAGAAGAACAACAACAUGAAGCGAUUCUGA